UUUCAGGUAGAAAUGAUUGAUAUACUGUACAUCACAGAAAUAUAGGGUUCUCCAUUAAGUGUUACAAGUGGUGCUGUACAUUGAGGGUUAGACAAAUGACAGAGGGUUACACAAAUUUAGAAAUUCUUACAAUAAACAAGACAAUUCUUCAUUCAUGCACAUAUAGUGGAGGUGGGUAGGGGCACAUGAUAAGUGUUCCUUAAAACUGGCCCUUGGAAAGUUGAGUACAGGACAUACCACAGCUGGUUGACUGAACCUGCGAAUGUCAGGGGGAUCAGCUAUCAAAUGUGCUCUAAGCCUGGAAAUUGGCUUUCAGGGUAUCAGUCUUUGAACCCAGUGUAGAACAUGAACCUGGGUUCACACUGGAAACGUUGGAGACAAAACUGUUGGCUUCUUAGUGAGUCAUUCUCCUUUGCCAGACAAUCUAUUUCAUCACGCUCUUCCAAAGGCAGGGACUUCUGUGUGUAAUCAUGAUUUGGGAAUGGUAGCUCUGCAACAUGGUUGGAACUGAAGAAGGAACUGUCAGGAUAUUUGUGAACUUGGAUUUUCUGGUGACAACAGAAGUGGGGAUAAUGUAGCCUACUUUCAUAAGAGAUUGGCAGGUGUAAAAUAGUUUAAAGAUUUGUUAAAUGUCAACUAUGGACAAUUCAGAAACAUUUAUUACUGUCACGUUUAGAGCACACUUUGGUGUUUUCCGUGAUCUAUAAUAUACAUUAAGUACGCAAACUUCGUGGCUUUUUGAAUAUAUGUUAUAUCCUUGCGUAUUUGGAUGAUCCACUCGCAACGGAGUUGUGGGUAGGUAGGGAACCGUUGAAAAUAGAGGUUACCAGAUUUUUCUCCUCUUGUAUGAGGUGUAUUCAGGUACACAGCAGUACGACAUGCAAUCUUUCACUAGCUACCAUCACGCAACAACAAUGCAUUGCCUGGGCUUACUUCCGUGGUUCACCCAUAGGAUUUCCUGCCUCGCCUUCGUUUCAAAAUAGCGCCUGCGUGACUGAAGCGUAUACACCCUGGUAUUUGCCUUGCCAGUGCUAAACUCUCCCAAUUUGGAAGGGCUGUUGCAGUCUCAUAUUUACGGUAAUAAAUACUUAUGUCACGAGUUGCCAACCGCCGAUAAACCCCACUGAAGAAGAAGAAGUACGUCACGAGUUGAACGGAAGUGCGAUUGCGCACGCAUCUCCAACUUGAAACAUUGUUUGCCUUAAUCGAUCUCUUACAUAUGCCAAAUUGGGCCAAUAUCAACAUUUGCCAUUGUGUAAAUUAAUUGAGUAUUUAUUGCACAUUGGCUAGCUACAAAAAUUUUAACAUAUUUACUUAAUAACAGAGAAUACUGGGCUGGACAAGAUGGCCAGCUGCAAUUUUCAGGCGCAGUUGGUAUCCGUUAUGGAGGUAUUAGCUAAAGCAGCGGUAGCAGAAAUAAACCAACGUGUAGAUGAUAGUUGUGCAGUUAUACGUUUGGAAAUGACCCAAAGCCAGCGAGAUAUUGAUUUACUGAAAAGGAAGUGUCAAAUGAUGGAGAGCGAGUUGAAGAAGACGCGAGGACGAGUCAGGAGAAAAGUUUUUUACCCCAUGGCAUCAGAGAGAUCUUCAUAUCCAGUCAAGAUAGUUUUGAACAAGCAGAGGAGUAGCUCACAGUGGAGAGACGAAGAGCUGGCUGUUGGAGAGGGCUCUCAACCCGAGCCUACAGAUGUGGAGCAGAGAGAGGAGACUGAACCCAUACUGAUCAAAGAUGAGGAGACAGCAGAGGACGUGUGGAAGGCUGACCCUCAGGAAGAGCUCAGGGUCACUGGAGAGGAGUCUGGUUCCAAGCCUGGGAAACCACUAUCUUUUGAACAACGGCACUGUGAUGAGGACUUUAUCACACAACCCAACAUAUCUCCCGAAGACUCAGUGGAACAUUACCCCAAUUCUGAUUGUUCAGAGGAACCAGGCACACCCCGGCUCACAUCUACAGAGGUGUUCAGCACAGAGCAACACCGGCCAGCCGAGGACAAAGACUCACUAGACCUAGUGAUGGUGAAGGAUGAGAAAGAGGAGGAGCUAGAUCAGACCACAGCCCUGGCAGGACCUGACCAGUUUGUUAUGGAUGAGACUGAUGGGCAGCUGUGGACCUCUGUGGAUCCAGGCAGAGACACUGACCCUGAUGGCCACCCAGAUUUCUCCUUUCAUUCCACAGAAGAGUACUCUCAGAAUAUCUCGAUUUUCCCAUCUUGUAGUAGGCUGCCAUCUGUUCCUACUAUGACAGAUGAUGUAGGGCCAUCGCUUCACUCUUCUAUAGUGAAACCACAUGCUAAUAUGUUCAGUGCAGCAGCACACAUGAAAAGACAUAUCAGGACAAUGGCUGAUAUGACUAGACAACAGAUGCCAGAGGGACAGAGCAGCGAGAGGCUGAACUCAAAUAAUGAAGGAAAUAGUUUAGCCCUACAGCCAAGGCAGCAUCAACACACUGCUUCAGAAUCAACAGUGAGAUUGAGUGAAUGCAUGACAGGGUCAAACAUGGCCACCACCUCCACCUUCUCUGGAUACAGCCUGAGUCACAGUAGUUUUAACAUGGUGAAGAGAAUGAGGACUCAGUGGAGGUCGGGUGGCACCACCGAGAGGCGUUUCAGCUGCACCUUCUGUGGGAAGAGCUUCCAGCGUUUCUGCCAGCUCAAAGUACACCUCCGGAGUCACACCGGCGAGAAACCGUACACCUGCGAACAGUGUGGCAGGAGUUUCACCCAGCAGUGCAACCUGAUCAGACAUGCUGUGGUCCACAGCGGGGAGAAGCCCUUCAAGUGCACACAGUGUGGGAAAUGCUUCACCCAGCGCUCUAGCAUGAAGUCACAUCAGAAAACUCACAUAGGAGAGAGUCCAGUGUCUCAAUACGUGGUACCCGCAUACCCUGGGGAUCCACACACAAGUUUAAAGCGCAACUGAAGGCAAUAAACAUCUUCUGAUAUAAAAAGGCCUAUGUAGCACCGAUAUGAGUCAGAAACAUUUAUUCUAUUGUCAAAAUAGACUACAAAUUGUAAAUAGGAUAAUUUUGUUCAUAAAUUCAGUCUCGUCCAAAACAGAGUUUUGUAAGUGAGUUCGUUAUAACUUACUUUAGGGUUGGGUUUUGAUUUCAACAAUGCUCACUUGCCCACUAACACUGGAUACACAGCUGCGGUGAUUGCGCUCUAUCCAAUCCACCGCAGAACACACAUGGUGAGACACACCUGCCCAUCUCACUUUGUUUACACUUUGUUUAACCUGAGAAAUACUGCGUCAAACACCUUAGCUAUAUGUAAAAUUACACAACUAAAACAUCCUCUGCAAAAAUGUCCAAAUUAGACUUCUUGAGUUAUCUUAGAUUCAUUCUGAGUAUUUUGAGGAAGUAAUACCAGCAUCGUUCCUAUGGUGUCUCAUGGGGGAGAAACAUCAUUAACUGCCACAUCGAACCCCACCCCCAAGUCUGAAAUCUCGUUUUUUUCUUAAUGAGCAACAGAGAAACUUGGAAUUACUGCGUUCAGUCGCUCUUUAAUGUUGUCUCAGACCAGAUUAAACAAAUAGUUAAUAAUUGCAUAGUUUUUCUGUAACACUUUCUAUGUGAAAAUGUGGUACAGAAGGUAUUUUGACAAGCUUUUCCUCCUAAUUGAUUUGUGAAAUGGUUUUCAUGUUUGACUGUUGACGGCUCCUCACUUUCAUUUCAACAACCUAUUUACAACUGGUAACGUGUACUUGUGCCACAAAAUCAUAAAAACCAUGCUAUAUUCAAUAAAACUGAUUGAAUGAAAGAGUCAAUCUGCCAGAAUGAAAGGUUUUAGCUUCACUGUCCAAAUAAAUAGUAGGGGAGUGUUUAUAAAUGUGCCUUAAAACCCUAAGGUGAAGAACCUCAGCUAUAAUGCAUCAAUAGUUACUUGAAGUAUAUCAUAAAAUGAAGUUUACAUGAAACUAGUUUAUGGUCUUUGUACGCCAGCUGUGUUUCAAACAAGUUAUAUACCUUUUUCUAUCCUUUAAUAAAUACCAUACCACAUUUUCAGAAUGGUUUCAUUAGGUUGUGUCAAUGAGAAUGGAGAUGACAAUAUCAAAGCUGCACACACAUACAAUUAUGUCAAUUGUGGCCACCUCCCUGUUUUCCAUUUCA